UCACACGCCGGAGCAGCGGGAGGAAGGGGGGGGGAGGCUUGCGCUGGAUUCGGCCCCUUUCCAAGGCGAGGAGCAGCCCAGCGCCGCUUCGGCCCCUUUUCCCAACCUCUGAGUCGGAUCCCCCCCCCUUCCUUUUUGCAAUUGCACGGAAAGCGGAAGGAGCCGCCCGGGAGGGAGAGCGCGGGGAUUCCGCGGCUGGGGCCGGCCGGGCAGGCAGAGGACAAAAGCCGGAGGAGCCGUCUCGCCCCGAGGCUCGUUUCUGGACCUUGGACUACACGGUAGCCCUUGUAGAUGCUGAGAUCCAGGACUUGCCACACUAACCAGGAGAGGAGGGAGCGUCUGGCCCAGCGGCUGAGUCUUCAGCGGCCCGGCUAUGUACAGCUGUUGGUGGGGCUGAGUGGGCAAGCAAGAGACGGUUCUUCAGCGCCCUUUGGGUCGGUGCGCCACUUUUCUUCUAGGUUGUGCCCAGCCAGCCGAUCAAAAUAGAGUCCUUCAAGGUGAAAGUUGACUUUCUGAAGGUGCCCCUCGGCCUAAAGAAGCCGACUCUGAAGGAGGCCGCGGCUGCCUUGGUGACUGUCCCAGGGCCCGCCAGAUCCAAGUCCAUCAACGUGGAUCGCUACAAGGCUCGGCGUUCAGACAAUAUGGACAACGAAUCGCAAUAUUCAGGGUACUCCUAUAAAUCGGGGCACUCGCGCAGUUCCAGGAAGCCCAGAGACCGCCGAGAGCGGCACCGCUCCAAGAGUCGAGAUGGGAGCCGGGGGGACAAAUCGGUCACCAUCCAGGCUCCCGGGGAGCCCCUGCUGGACAACGAGUCGACCCGAGGGGACGAAAGGGACGACAACUGGGGCGAGACGACCACUGUGGUGACCGGCACAUCGGAGCACAGCAUUUCUCACGAUGACAUCACACGCAUCACCAAGGACAUGGAGGACAGCGCCCACCUGGACUGUUCCCGCCACCUGGGGGUCUCGCUGGCGGGGGCCCUGGCCCUGCUCUCCUUCCUGACCCCCAUCGCGUUCAUGCUGCUGCCCCAGCUGCUGUGGGGGGAGCAGCUGAGCCCCUGCGGGACCCCCUGCGAGGGCCUCUUCAUCUCGGUGGCCUUCAAGCUGCUCAUCCUUCUGCUGGGCAGCUGGGCGCUCUUCUUCCGCCGCCCCAAGGCCUUCCUGCCACGCAUCUUCGUCUUCCGCGCUCUCCUGAUGGUGCUGGUCUUCCUCCUGGUGGCCUCCUACUGGCUCUUCUACGGCGUUCGCAUCCUGGACUCCCGCGACACCAACUACCAGGGCAUCGUCCAGUAUGCCGUCUCGCUGGUGGACGCCCUGCUCUUUGUCCACUACCUGGCCGUGGUCUUACUGGAGCUGCGCCAGCUCCAGCCCCACUUCACUCUCAAGGUGGUGCGCUCCACCGAUGGGGCCAGCCGCUUCUACAACGUGGGGCACCUCAGCAUCCAGAGAGUCGCCGUGUGGAUCCUGGAGAAUUAUUACCACGAUUUCCCCGUCUACAACCCGGCUCUGCUCAACCUGCCCAAGUCGGUUCUGUCUAAGAAAAUGUCUGGCUUCAAGGUCUACUCGCUUGGCGAGGAGAACACAACCAACAACUCAACCAGCCAAUCGCGGGCUGUUAUCGCUGCAGCUGCCCGGAGGCGGGACAAUAGCCACAACGAGUACUACUACGAGGAAGCAGAACAUGAGCGCCGGGUGCGAAAGCGGCGAGCCAGGUUGGUGGUGGCUGUGGAGGAGGCCUUCACACACAUCAAGCGGCUCCAGGAAGAGGACCAGAAGAACCCGCGGGAGAUCAUGGACCCCCGGGAGGCCGCCCAGGCCAUCUUCGCCUCCAUGGCCCGGGCCAUGCAGAAGUACCUGCGCACCACCAAGCAGCAGCCGUACCACACCAUGGAGAGCAUCCUUCAGCAUCUGGAGUUCUGCAUCACCCACGACAUGACGCCCAAGGCCUUCCUGGAGCGCUACCUGACCGCAGGGCCCACUAUCCAGUACCACAAGGACCGCUGGCUGGCCAAGCAGUGGACUCUGGUCAGCGAGGAGCCCGUGACCAAUGGGCUGAAAGACGGGGUGGUCUUUGUCCUGAAGCGCCAUGACUUCAGCCUCGUGGUCAGCACCAAAAAGAUCCCCUUUUUUAAGCUCUCCGAGGAGUUUGUGGACCCCAAAUCGCACAAGUUUGUCAUGCGGCUGCAAUCGGAGACCUCGGUGUGACCCACGGCGGAGCCGAGGGGCUUGAAUGCCAGGGAAGGCGGUUCCCCGCCAGGAGGAGGCAAUGGCCUGGCGCCAGCCUGCGUCUCUCGGGUUUGAGAGGGUUCCUGGGCUCGGUGGAAGACCCUCUUGGGGCGCCUGCCUCACCUUCUCCAUGCCAGAGCUUCCCCCUCCUUCCCCCUCUCCUUUGUGGCCCCAACUGAGGGGAAGGCAAGGGCCCCCCCCUCCUUCCUUCCUUCCUUCCUUCCUUCCUUCCUUCCUUCCUUCCUUCCUUCCUUCCUUCCUUCCUUCCUUCCUUCCUUCCCCCCCUCCCCCCCCCCUCCCCCCCCAUUCUCCUUCUCUCUUUCUUUCUCUUUCUCUUUCCCUCCCUUCCUCCCUUGUAGCAAGCCCCCCAGGAACUGAGGAGGUGCGUGGGUGACAAGGACAGCAUCACCCCUCCGUCCCUCCGUCCCUCCUGAUGAAUUGCUGGAAGUUACCUGUGCCAAAUUCUAAGGGCUAACUCUGUCUUCACCAGCAUCUGCAGACAUGGUCGGGCUAAGGAACUUGUGAAUGUCGUUUUCUACAAAGCUACACGCCGGCACCUGCACCUCCAGACCCACACCCCACCUCGACCCACGCCGCUGGGUGCUGUUGUCGUCUCCCUGGGUCUCUUGAGGUCCAACUGCACAAGGUUUGGGGGGGAUCCCCCCAGGAGGACCCAGAGGUCCAAGGGAAGAGGGACCCAGCCAGCCCCCUGGAGCCAUCCUUCCAACCUCUGGAGGUCUUGGGCUGGCUGGAAGUUCAACAGGUCCAUCACAAAACGAAGGCAGGGAG